AUGUCGGGUAAUAACACAGAAUACGUGGGGAUGAUGGAUAUACUCCUGGGGACAGAAUGGAGCGUUGAUCGAACUGUUUCAUUCAUGAGUCACUGGGUACCCACAUCCUACAAAAUUACGGCGGGUUAUCUUUGUAUGGUUUACUUCGGGCAAAAAGUGAUGCAUAAUCGAGAACCAUUCCAGCUGCAGAGACUUUUAGCGUUGUGGAAUUUUUGUUUUUCAUUUUUUUCUGGAUUAGCAGCCUAUAAAUUGGUUCCUGAAUUGUUUUGGGCUAUCAAAGAACUAGGAAUUGUUGGUUCUUACUGCGAAAACGCGGAGUAUUAUAACAAUCCGUCUACUGGUUGGUGGGGAUGGAUGUUUGUGAUGUCGAAAGCUCCGGAACUAGGCGACACAUUGUUUCUGGUUCUCCGGAAACGUCCAGUGAUAUUUGUCCAUUGGUAUCAUCAUGCUCUUACGUUCGUUUAUGCUCAGAUAACAUACAGUGAGCUGCAAGCGUGGUGUCGAUGGAGUUUGGCAUUGAACUUGACGGUUCACACUGUAAUGUACUUCUACUUCGGAAUUAGAGCGUUAAAUUUCAAAACUCCUCGAUAUGUUGCCAAAUUCAUCACAUCAAUCCAGAUCAUUCAGUUCAUAAUUAAUGUCGCUAUUUUUGCACAUCUCUUCUACAUUAAGUAUUACGAAACGGUUCCGUUCUGCAAUGUCACAUGGAAUGUUCUUACCAUUGGUGCUUUGAUGUACCUCAGUUACCUGUAUCUCUUCGUGGACUUCUUUUAUAAUGCUUAUAUUGUGCGGAAACCUGUCAGAGGUGUUGCUACAGAACACAAAAUUACCGAUUUGCCAGAGAAGAAAACAAUGUUGCCGGCUGUCAGUUCAUCAUCAAAGAAGACAGUUUAG